AUGAAUGCCUUACAAUUAAUACUCACAAUUUUUAUAAUAAAACAGUGCUUUUGUAAUGAAACUCCAAAAAUUUAUUUGAAACAAGGUGUUUUAUUAGGCAGAGUUGAAAAAACUGUUUUCAAGAAGGAAGACUAUUUUUCAUUUAGAGGGAUACCUUAUGCGGAGCCACCUACAGGACCAUUGAGGUUUAAACCACCAAAGCCACACACUGGAUGGAAGGAGAACUUAAAAGCCUUUAAACGUAAACCAACAUGCAUGCAAUUAAAUACCCGAGGCCGCCUUUCAGAACGUACUGGAAUAUCUGGUUCAGAAGACUGUUUGUACAUUGACAUAUUCACGCCAAAUAUGGAAGGAAAAGCCCCAGUUAUAGUGUUUGAGUACAACGACAACUUUAGAACAUGGUUCAACGGCACUGAUACUUAUUCACCAGAUUUCUUCAUUGAAGAAGGUGUUAUCGUUGUAACGAUUAGUAGUCGACUUGGUAUAUUUGGUUACUUAACCACGGAAGACAAUGUCAUGCCAGGUAAUAAUGGACUAAGAGACUUUAUACUAGGCCUGGAAUGGCUCAAAAAUAAUAUAGAACAAUUUGGUGGAGAUGCAUCUAAGAUAACAUUGAUGGGCAGUCGUGGAGGAGCCACCACUACCAAUAUACUUCUUUAUUCGGAAAAGGCAAAAGGUUUAUUCUCUGGUGCUAUAAUUCAAGGUGGUUCUUCGUUAGAAUCUACGUAUUUUGUAGAUAAACCCCGAAAAAAGGCAUUUGAAAUUGGAAAGUUUCUAAACUUGACCGUUACAAAUAGCCUCGAGCUAUUCGAAGGUUUACAAAAUGUAGAUGCAAACGUAAUUAUAAAAGCUGAUGUUGAUCUUAUAAUGAAUCUAGAUGUUAAUGAUUUGAAAGACUCAGAUAAACUUCUUUUUAUACCGACUUUAGAAGGGGAAAUUGAAGAUGCAGUGAUUAAAACUUUACCAGAAAAUGGAAAAGUAUUAAAUGACGUUCCAGUGAUUAUUGGUUUUAAUUCUCGAGCAGGUAUAGAUUCAAUAGUUCACAAUUUUUUCGAUCCCAAUUCAAUGUCAAGCAAGAGCGGAAAUAAAGUAUUUCAACUACCUAUUAGAACGAAUUUCGAAUUCAAAGAAAAUGGUAAGAAAUACAAAGAAGCAAAUAAGGCUGUCAUAGAGUUUUAUCACAAAGGUACACCACCUUAUUAUGGUAAUCUUAUGGAGCAUGCGGUAUACGUCGGUGAUGUUUUACAUGUUUAUCCUUUAGCAUUAACUGCAGAAAAUCUGUCCAAAAGUUUAUCUUCUCCUGUGUUUUUCUACCUCUUUGACUUCAGAGGUUUGUGGAAUGAAAAUAGUAACGAAGUAGGAAUAUAUUCAAGAAUACCACUAGGCAACACUGGUGCUCUAGUUCUUGAUGAACUUUGUUAUUUACUUGUCUGCUCGCGUAUGAAGAAAACUUACAAAGAACUCAUUAAACUACCAAGUGAGCAACCAGAGAUUAAACUAAUGAAGAAACUUGUCCGGUUAUGGAGCAACUUCGCAAAAACUGGAAACCCGACACCAACUGAAGAAGAUCCCGUUUUAAAGAAAUUUACAUGGGAGCCGUUCAACGAAUCUGAGUCUAAAUAUUUACACAUCACCAAACUUUUGAAAAUAAAAACCAACCCUCUUGGUGAUAGGAAGCAAUUCUGGGAUGAUUUGUUAAGGAAAUAUUCCAAUGAAGCCGUGGAUGGUGUCAUCGUGGGAGAUGAAGUUGAAGAAGAAGAAGAAGAAAUUCCCACUGAGGACUCUAAAGACAAACAAGAGACCAUCGAAGACUUUGUUGCCCAAAACGCUCCAAAAGAGGAAGGUGCAGACGAUGUACUAUUUGUCAAUAAUACACACGAAGAGCUUUGA